AUGCCACAAAUAAUUAUGAUGAAAGCACAAUAUUUAAUUCUACUUAGUUUUCUAUUAACAUUUAUCGUUAUAACAAAUGCUUUUUAUACAAAAAGACAAUUUUAUUCAUCAGUUAUAUAUCUAACAAAAUCAAAUACAAGUCUUGCGGUUCUCUAUGUUCAAGGAUUUGUCUUUAUUAUUUUAUUUGGUAAACUUUUUCAACGUAUAUUUCUUGGACAACUUCGAGCGAUUGAAACUGAGCAUCUAUAUGAACGUGCAUGGUUUUCUAUAACAGAAACAUGUCUAGCAUUUACUAUGUUUCGUGAUGAUUUUAAUACACGUUUUGCAAUAUUAUUUGCAAUUUUACUAUUUCUAAAAUGUUUUCAUUGGCUAUUAGAAGAUCGUGUUGAUUAUAUGGAACAAAGUCCUGUGCUGGGCCCAAUAUUUCAUGCAAGAACUAUUGGUCUUUGGACUGUAUUAUGUCUUUGUGAUUAUUUAUUUAUUCUAUUAGCUUAUAUACAUGUAAUGUCAACAGGAGCAUCUGUUGAAAUUGUAUUUGGUUUUGAGUAUGCUAUUCUACUUAUUUCGGUGAUUACAAUUGCAUUAAAAUAUUCAGUUCAUCUCAUGGAAAUUCGUGCCGGUGAACAAUGGGAAGGUAGAGGUGUGUAUAUGCUUUUUUCCGAUGUAGUUCUUGGAUUUUUUCGUGUUACAUUAUACAUGAUAUUUAUAAUGGUUAUGAUGAAAAUUCAUACAUUUCCAUUAUUUGCUAUUCGACCAGCAUUUUUGGCAAUGAGAACAUUUCGUAAAGCAUGUGAUGAUGCAAUAGAAUCACGACGUGCUAUACAAAAUUUAAAUACAAUGUAUCCUGAUUUAACAGCUGAUGAACUUGCUAAUGUUGCUGAUACAACAUGUACCAUAUGUCGAGAAGAAAUGCAAGUACAACAAUGUAUUAAACGUCUUACUUGUCAACAUGUAUUUCAUAAAAAAUGUUUACGUUUAUGGUUUCAACGACAACAAAAUUGUCCAAUUUGUCGAACUACUGUUUUACGAUCUACACCUCGACAAGCUGCGGGACCUCAACCACAAGCACCUGUUCCUCCAGCUGAACCUGUACCACCACCGCCACCACCAGCCACAUCAACUCCAAUAUCUAAUUCUACAACGACUCAAAACACAACUAUUCCACAAAUACCAUUAAGUCCAUUUGCUAUGGUAUUGCCACCUUUUGCAUUUCCUCCGCCACCUUUACCACCACUUGAUUUUACUGGUAUGUCUGAAGAAGCCAUUCGAGCAAUGGAACGAACAGAAUUAGCUCAUGUUCGAGCACGUCUACAAUGUUUACAAAAUGUUAGAAAUUUAUUAGAUGCAUCAAUAACAUCAAUGCAACAAUUUGUCAAUAUCUUACCAGUACCAACAACAAGUUCAAAUAAUCAUGUUGAUUAA